AUGUCAUCCUCAGUACUUAUCUUUGGUGCCAGUGGUUAUAUUGGCCUUGGUGUAGCUCUGGCCAUGCGCCGUGCUGGCUAUCAAGUCUAUGGAAUGAUUCGCAAUGAGAAACAUUGUGCUACGUUGAUUCAACACGAGAUUGAACCUAUUGUAGCCUCAUCAUUUGACGAUGUUCAACCAGUUGCUAAUAUUCUUGCCUCAUGUUCAAUUAUUAUUGAUGCUGUCGGAUUCAACCCAAAACUGUCACCUAUACUUUUGGAAGCUGCUCUUCACGCUGGACAUGACCGAACUGAAAAUGGAAAACUAGUACAUUAUGCUCCACUUUUCAUCUUUACAUCAGGCAUUAUGACUUAUGGUGACACAUCUCAAACGGGUCGUCGUCCGGUCGAUGAAACAAUCAAGCCCCGACCUCAAUCGGUAACGAAUCACACCAGUGUCUCUUCAGCCGAUGUGGAGAAUAUGAAGGAACGAGAAGACUACGAAAAUCAAGUCUUGGCAAGUUCUUGUGCCUCACUCAAGACUACAGUCAUACGACCUGGCUUCGUCUACGGUGGCCAAGGUGGUUUUAUAGCCGAUCUAUUCUAUUCGGAGCCUCUAGUUAUUCAAGGAAGAAGAGAUAUGCGUUGGAGCUGGGUCCACAUCGAUGAUCUGGCUGAAGGCUAUGUAGCUGUAAUACGAGCUCCACGUAGUGUUGUCGAUGGACAGCUUUACAAUAUUGCCGCUCCGAAUGACAAUCCGACCUACGAAGAAUUACGAACAGCAAUGGCUAAAGCUCAGGGACGAAAAGAGAAAAUUGAGUACAAAGAAGCCGAUGGGAAUGUGCCAUCACGAUGGGAUACGGAUUCAAUCAUCAAUCCAGCCAAAGCUAUGAACGAGUUAGGCUGGCGACCAAGACAUGUGGGCUUUGUUGAAGAAAUUGAUACGUAUUACAAGGCUUGGGCAGCUCACAAAGCUGCUCACAAUGCAGCCAAAUAG